GCUAUAUAUACCGAUUAUACGUGUGUUUUGCACCGGGGUGUUGUUUCUCCUCCCACCACCUUUUGAAGUUCCUGCGACACGGAGCCGUACGUACAACUCAUCGUUUUCCCGAGCUUUCAGUGAGAAAGAAUAUCCUCCUCGCCGUCUUCUCGCCAAUUUUAAACUCCUGCCUAUAUUUGCGACUCGACAACCUCUUCUUAAUCAUAAGCCAUCUCUUUCCGUUCCUCAGAGUUCAAAUAUUUCCAACCACACAAGCGUAUCAUCAAACUAAUCAGCAUGCGUUUGUCGUCACUCUUUACUUCACAGACCACAGUCUCUUCUGCUUUCAUUGCAAUCACACUCUUUUCUCUGUCCGCCAGUGCCCAGGACCGUACCACUGAACAGGGCGAGGCGCAAAUCACUGACCCAAACCAAGAAUGUACGGCAUAUUACUACGCUCCCGUUAGCGCUGCUAUAUCUGCGGGCGAAUUCCCGCCUAUCUGGACACCUGCCACCAUUGUCAGCACUGACACGAAUGCUCAAGCCAAGUACCAGUCCAUCCAGAGCCAGAUCCCAAAUAUUCAGCCCAAGGGCACGCAGCCUGCAUCCCUUACGGGUGACUUCAGCAACUUUACCCCGACGUACCCUCCGUCUGACCCAGAUUGCUGGUGGACAUACGACCAAUGCACUACUCCGAAAUUGGCCGGAUUGCCUCCGGAUCUGUCUACCGUCCCAGAACCGGACACUCUGGGUUAUGGUUUCGACGAUGGACCUAAUUGCUCCCACAAUGUGUUCUACAAUUUUUUGUCGCAAAAUAAUCAGAAAGCCACCAUGUUCUACAUCGGCAGUAAUGUCAUGGACUGGCCUCUUGAGGCGCAGCGCGCCCUCGCUGAUGGCCAUGAAAUUUGUGUUCAUACUUGGUCGCACAGAUACAUGACUUCUUUGACCAAUGAAGAAGUCUUUGCUGAGUUCUACUACAGUACGUCACCUAGCAUUAUGGAGGCGAUCAAGUUGGUUACCGGUGUGACACCUACUUGCUGGAGGCCUCCCUUCGGCGAUGUUGAUGAUCGGGUCCGGGCCUUUGCCCACGCGCUGGGCUUGCGCACGAUCAUUUGGAAAUAUGACUCCAACGAUUGGCGUGCAGGCACUGGCAACAUCACUUCUGCUAAUGUUGACCAGAACUAUGAGGACCUCAUUACUCGUGCACAAAACGGCACCUUCGCCACCGAGGGUACUAUCAUGCUUACGCAUGAACUGAACAACUUCACCAUGGCCGAAGCUGUGAAGUUCUACGCCCAGCUGAAAGCUGCAUUCAAGUACAUCGUUCCCAUGGGUGUUGCCACAAAUCAAACUCAGCCAUACGUCGAGACCAACAUCUCUCAACCCUCGUUUGAGCAAUACAUCAGCGGUACAACAACACUCUCCAAUAGCAUUCCACUCCCCACGGAUGGAUCUUCUAGUUCAACAGGGUCUGGAUCGUCUUCUGGAUCGUCUUCUGGAUCAUCUUCUGGAUCAUCUUCUGGAAGCACAGGUUCCACUGGUGCUGCGACCAGAGCCUCAUUUGACGGUUUGGGAACGCUUGCUGCGGGUGCAGCAUUCGUUGGCUUUGCUCUGAAACUCUUGGCGUAGCCUCCUCCUCGUCCAGUUGCUGGACCUUGUUCUUUUUCUUCUUUUUUCUUGUCUCUGGUUGGCAUUUGUGAUGUUUUCAUUCCCGGUCGCACAUGCGCUAUAUUCCUGAACAAUUGCAACGUUCUCCACGCAUAGCAUACCUUGACAUUUGUCGUUCCUCAUCACCACUAGAAUUUCGCACUUGUCGACAAAGAUAGCACCAAGCUCACGCACCAAUACGCUGGUGUUAGUUCUUAGAUCCUGUGCAUUGUCAUUUAAUAUACCGGACCCUGUUAUGUUGUUCUUUUACUAUGAUACCGGACUUUUCUUGCUUUUCUUAUUCAAAUGUUGGGCUACUACGGACACGAAGUUUAUUAAAAAAUGUAAUUACGAUCACCGACGAACAGAGAUGUUACGACAUGUAAUGGUGG